AUGGCGUACUGGUAUUGGAUUCUAGCUCAUUCUGUGCUUCUGCUUCUGCUACUGGCUAUUGCAAUUUUCGAGCACGUCAACACGGCAUCACUCUCCCUACCGCUCUCCCCGGCCCUAACCAUCUUCACGAUCCUCCUCCCCUUAUUCGCCCUGGCCAACGCCGUCUACCACCCCCGGCUCGUCAACUCCACCGACCCUUCCACUAUUACCAGACCCAACCUACUGCCAACCACCCUCCAAAUCCUCCAACUCCUCCAAUUCACCCUAACAACCAUCCUCGCCACACUCCUCUCCACCGCCGGCCUCGUCCCCUCCCCCACCCAGACCUGCCUCCUCUCCACCCGGUGGCAGCGCCUCUGGAGCGCCCACGACGGCGACGCCAUCCGCGCCAUCCAGGACGCCCUCGGCUGCUGCGGCUACAACUCGGUCAAGGACCGGUCCUGGCCGUUCCCCCGGGGAGGUUCCCGCGUCGAUUGCGCCGCACAGUUUGGGAGGACGGCGGCCUGCGCGGGGCCGUGGAUGGAGGCUCUUAGGCGGGGGUCGGGGGCUGGGUUCGCUGUUGUGGUGGGGGUUGGGGUCUUGCAGUUUGUUGAUCUGUUGGUGUCGAGGUGGCUUCACUCCCGACAAGGCUCGACUUGGUCUACGGGCUUUAAACGGGACCGCGACAGGACUCGGCCGCUUCUCGAAGGAAACGAGGUAGAAAGGCGCGACGACGACGAUGACGAUAACGACGAUGACUACAACAUGGCGGAGGACACAACUGGGGGGGAGGGCGACCAGGGCGGUCGUCGGCGCCGCGCAGACGGUUACGGUGGUACCGGGAUGAGAAUUGAGCCUGACCACCAUGAUCACUGGGGGACUGGAGGAGGAUCCGUUUAG